AACCCACAAUCCCUGGCUUAGGAGGCCAGUGCCUUAUCCAUUAGGCCACUGGGGCACGUGUGAUACAGCAAGGAGAGUAACAGUAAUUAAUACUAUACAAAAAACAACGAUUAUCGGCAUGUUUGGUCUAUUGUUGAAUAAUUUGUGCGUUUACUUGCUAAUAUAUUUUGUCAGCUUCUACAGUAUAAAACACCCUAACGCUACCAUAGGAUUGUCUCUCUGUUCCGUUGCUAUGCAACACAAAGCUAACCGUUGUGUCAAGUUAUAAAAACAUAACAAACGGUUUCCUGUGAUUCGCCAAACUCCACGUACUGUCAAUAUUGUGAGAUAUAGUCCAAGCGUUAUAGUUUUAUUUAAAUUUGUAUCGCUAACCUCUAUUUUCAUACGAUCAUAAUGUGAGAUAUUUCAUCGCAUACAUUCCUCACUAAAAUGGCAAAUUAUUUGCCUUUGCCUUUAAUUUGAAAAUAUAUCAGCGGAAAAACGACGUGUGCUUACUGCAACUUAUCAUCUAGGGCUUUGCUAACGCUAACAGAUCUUUCGCUUGUCAAUUACUUCACUAGAGACCGUUAGAGGAUUGAACUAGCUAACCGCUGUUUACCAGCUAGGAAAAGCCACCGUAACAUUUACAUGAUCAGUUUACAACACCUCUAGCUCAGCGAUUGACAGGUCUUAGCUAGCAACCGGCACCACCUAAAGAGUCGCUGACAUGAUCCUCUCUCGCGUGAAGCCCGCUGUGGGAGGAGAGACGCCGCUGAGCACGGGUGAGAAAAAGAAGAACAAAUCCAAGGUUCCCCGGGUGGAGGAUUACCUGCAGCAGAGAGACUACCUGGGGGCCCUGACACUGCUAGAGUUUCAGAGGAGCAUCGGAGAGAAAGGGGAGCAUGCAGAUCUUUGGAUCGGCUACUGUGCCUUUCACUUGGGUGAUUACAAGAGAGCGAUGGAGGAGUACAAGUCUCUGACCUCAGCACCUGAAUGUCCGGCGGAGGUCUGGGUCUAUCUAGCCUGUUCCCUGUUUUUCCUAGGGCUCUAUAAAGAAGCUGAGGAGGCAGCAUCCAAGGCACCAACAUCCCCGCUCCAAAACAGACUCCUCUUCCACUUGGCUCACAAGUUUAAUGAUGAGAAAAGGCUCAUGAGUUUUCACCAGAACCUAGAAGAUGUGACAGAGGACCAGCUGAGCCUGGCAUCCAUCCACUACAUGCGGUCCCACUACCAGGAGGCUAUCGACAUCUAUAAACGCCUUCUACUGCAGAACAGAGAUUUCCUUGCCCUGAAGGUGUAUGUGGCUCUGUGUUACUACAAGCUGGACUACUACGACGUGUCCCAAGAAGUGCUGGCUGUGUACCUGCAGAGCAUCCCUGACUCCACCAUUGCCCUGAACUUAAAGGCCUGCAACCACUUCAGGCUCUACAAUGGCAAGGCAGCCGAGGCUGAACUGAAGAAUCUCAUCGACAUUUCCUCCUGCUCCUUUGAGUUUGCUAAGGAGCUUAUCCGACACAACCUGGUGGUGUUUCGUGGCGGGGAGGGGGCGUUGCAGGUGCUGCCUCCUCUGAUCGAUGUGAUUCCUGAGGCCAGACUCAACCUUGUCAUCUACUAUCUCAGACAAGAAGACGUCCAGGAAGCCUACAGUCUCAUCCAAGAUUUGGUCCCCACCACUCCUCAGGAGUAUAUUUUGAAAGGGGUGGUGAAUGCUGCUUUGGGACAGGAAAUUGGAUCAAGGGAUCAUCUGAAAAUUGCUCAGCAGUUCUUUCAGCUGGUCGGAGGCUCAGCGAGCGAAUGCGACACUAUUCCUGGAAGACAGUGUAUGGCCUCCUGCUUUUUCCUCUUGAGGCAGUUUGAAGAUGUUCUCAUAUAUCUUAACUCAAUCAAGGGUUAUUUCUAUAAUGAUGAUAUGUUCAACUUCAACUAUGCUCAGGCUAAAGCAGCCCUUGGCAACUACAAAGAAGCAGAAGAGGUUUUCCUUUUGAUUCAGAGUGAAAAGAUCAAGAAUGACUAUGUUUAUCUCAGCUGGCUGGCACGAUGCUACAUAAUGAACCAAAAGGGCCGGCUUGCCUGGGAGCUCUAUCUGAAGAUGGGCACUUCUUCAGACUCCUUCAGUCUGCUGCAGCUCAUUGCCAACGACUGUUACAAGAUGGGCCAGUUCUACUAUGCAGCCAAAGCGUUCGAUGCACUGGAGAAGCUGGACCCAGGAUCUAACUACUGGGAGGGCAAGAGGGGGGCAUGCGUUGGCAUCUUUCAGCUCAUAUUGGCAAACAAGGAGUCCAAGGAGAUACUGAAAGAGGUGGUGCUCCUUCUGCGAAAUUCAGGAAAUCCCCAGGUUGAAUACAUCAUACGAGCUUUGAGGAAGUGGGCUAAAGACAACAGAGUCCUCCUCCAUGACAGCGUUCCACACUAAAGACGUUUGAAUAAUAUCUAUGCCACUUGAUGAAGUAAAACGGAGCUGUUACUGCUGCUAUACUGUAGGGCUUUGUAUCAGAAAAUAUACAUGACGUUUGGCCUUGAAAUUCUGCAUGUACUUAUAUAUUUCUAUUAAAAUGUGAUUUUAAAGUUAAA